AAAUGUCUUUCUCUCAGUCUCCACCCAUCGGGACAACAUUUCUUGCACCAGAACAAUCUGUCCGUACAAUCCAGCGCCUGUCUCUGUAAACAUAAAGCGUCAAUAGUUAUUUGGUGUUGGAUCCAAACGAAAGAAAAUGGGGAAAGUGAACGUGUGGUUGAAACGGAGUUACAUUUGCUUGCUAAGUGUCAUGGGGAUCCUCAGUCUCCUGCUGCUGGGAUUUACCCUGUUUGGCCAUGGACACGAAUACAAGGAUGGCUUGACAGAUGAAACUACCACUGGCCUGCAUUUCUUGUAUGGCAUUUCUGCUGUAAUUCUGGUCUUUGUCAUGUUGGGUUUGUUUGGCAUCCAGAAACAGAAGACGUGGGCUCUAAUAGUGUUUGCAGUAGGAAUCACCCUGGGCUGUUUGUUCAUGCUUGUCAUUGAAAUUCUUGGACUUGCUACUAAAGCAGCAAUGGCAAAAGAGCUGACGAGAAAUUACCUCAGCAUCAUGCCACUAGUUAAUGCCACCAUCAGUGAGUUAGAAGACUUCGAUGAAACACAAAUACACUUUCAGUGUUGUGGAAUGGAUCAGGGCUACUUGGACUGGGGUUACAAUAUCCCAGAAUCCUGUCUGUGUGCUGAAGAGUCCACUAAUCCAUGUGUGGCUGCUCCUAGAAACAGUAAGUUGUUUAAAGGCAGGAAAGAUGACCAGCCAGUCAUGAUCUAUUCUAAGCCAUGCAUUCAGUACCUCGUCGAGCAUGAUAUGAGUUACAUACAAAUCACAUUAGGCACAAUGCUUGGAAUCACACUGUUGUGGGUGUUGUCGGUAGUGCUGUGUAUUAUCAUCUUGUGUCAAAUGAAUCGGAAGACGGAGACCCCUACAGUGGUCUACAGUAAAGAGGCGAAAGCAGGAAACUAUUGUAAUCUUGUGGAGGGCUCAGAUGCACACUGUACCUGAUUUGUUUGUAUGUUUUCUUGUUUUAUCUAUGUUGCUGCUGCUCACAGUGUUGAGGAUUGUGAUGCCAGUGCAAUUUUGUCUUUUAACAAAGUCUUCCAAGUUUUUAAUUUUUUAAACAUUCUAACACAAAGCUACAUAAAUCUGUAAAACUAAUUGUGAGUGAGCCCUUUAAACCCGGAAGCCUUCCAUGCUAGAAUAAGCUUUAUCAUUUUAGUUGCAUAAAUAUGGAAUUAGCUAAUUCUAUUAAAUUGUGAUGAUCAUAUUUAUUUCUGCUGUAUUCAGUGGGUAUCAGAAAAUGAUGAAGUGCAUCUAUUAACAAAUUUGAACUCUAGUGGUAUUUUCAUCUCAGGAUUGUUUUGUAAUUCGGCAUCUUUUGCUAAUGACAAACAGGAAGUUGGGAUCAUGAAUGCAAAUGAAUUGAAUUAGAGUUGCAAAAUAUAAAACUAUUCAGUAUUGUUGCUGAAUAUUGUGAUAAUGAGAGGACAAAUGUUUCAAAAUGUGGCACAAAUUUCAGGUGUAUUGACAAGGGCUUCAUUGUACAGCUGCACCUGAGCAUGCUAGUUAGCUGGAGUACCAUAGGCUGUAGAUGGGCGGAGCCUCUGUGACGUCACUCGUAGGUUUCUGAAGAGCUGAAUUGAAACUCAUUGGGCGGUUCCCACUGUCGCCAUCUUGGUAGCGUCACGUGUGUCGUCAUUCCCGUCAAAUC